AUGCCAUCAGAAACCAUCAUAAUAACAGGCGCAUCCUCCGGUCUCGGUCUCGCAUUCGUUCAGUACUAUGCCUCCCUCCCAACACCGACAAACAUAAUAGCCAUAGACAACCGGUCAUUCCCUCCCCAAAUCGCGGAACGAUAUGGAGCCGUCAUUCGUUCCCACCAAAUCGACAUUACCUCAGCCCAAAAGAUCCAAGACCUCGCGUCUACUCUGGAGUCUGCCCCAAUAAGCCUCAUCAUCCACUGCGCGGGCAUCAGAGGGCUCGUUCCAAGAAUCGUCGCCCAACAGAAACAGGGCGACAAGAAUGUCGCCGCGACCGAGACGCUGGAGGCUAUGAAUCACGAGACUAUGAUGAAGACGUUUGAGAUCAACACUUGGGGCACUUUCAAUGUCUUAAGAGCGUUCUUACCACAACUCCGAUCAGCCGCCGCUCAAUCAUCAAAACCCAAAGUCGUCAUUUUAUCCUCCCGGAUGGGCUCCAUAUCGGCGAACACAGCGGGUGGCGGAUACGCGUACCGAGCCAGUAAAGCGGCGCUGAAUGCGGUGGUGAAGAGUCUUACUAUCGAUGUACCCGAUGUGCAAUUUUUGAUGCUGCAUCCCGGAAGAGUAGAAACGAGGUUAGUGGAGUGGAAAGAAGAAGGGGCGAUUGGGGUCGAGGAGAGCGUGAAGGACUGUAUGAGGGUUUUGGAAAAGAUGGAUGAAGAAAGGUGGGAGAGUGGGAGGUUAGUCGAUCGUUUCGGGGUGACCAUUCCUUGGUAG